GUGUGAAGUAAGCAAUCUACUCUCAUUUUAUAUUAACAGAAAAAGUACAACUUUAUCUCUAACGUAUUUGACUUCUGUAUUUGGCUUUCAAUUAACUGUAUAAAAACCAACCAGAAAUUAGCCUGGGACUUGAAAGACAGGAAUUUAAUUUCAUCAAAAUAUUACUUGAGAUGAUUUCAACGUGUCUCAAAAGCUGAACUCCAUCAUCGCAGGUGAGAAAAACAACAAAAGGAACCAGCAAGAAAGGGGGAAAGGAAAGAUGAAAGAUCGACUCCAAGAGCUAAAGCAGAGAACAAAAGAAAUUGAACUUUCUAAAGAGAAUCAUGUGCCAACAGCAGAAGCAGAGGAACAAGGAGUAUUUCCGCAGCAAGCUGUUAUUUAUGAAAGAGAGCCUAUAGCUGAGAGACAACUACACGAGAUCCAAAAACUACAAGAAAGUAUUAACGAUUUAACAGAUGAUGUUCAAAAAUUUGGACAGCAACAGAAAAGUCUUGUGGCUUCAAUGAGGAGGUUUAGUCUACUUAAGAGAGAGUCUAGCAUCACAAAAGAGAUAAAAAUGCAAGCAGAACACAUUAACAGGGGCUUGGAUGCUUUAGUUAAAGAAGUCAGGAAGUCAGAGGCUGAAAACGGUCCAUCCUCUGUGGUCACAAGGAUACUUCAAUCUCAGCAUGCUGCAAUGUUCCGCCAUUUUCAACAAACCAUGCUUGUAUACAAUGACACAAUAACAGCAAAGCAAGAGAAGUGCAAGACAUUUAUUUUCCGUCAGCUUGAAGUUGCUGGAAAGGAGGUGCCUGAAGAAGAAGUUAAUGACAUGCUUCAACAAGGCAAAUGGGAAGUUUUUAGUGAAAGCAUACUUACUGAAAUCAAUAUAACUAAAGCCCAACUCUCAGAGAUUGAACAGAGACAUAAGGAACUUGUUAAUUUGGAGAACCAAAUAAAGGACUUAAGGGAUCUUUUCAUUCAGAUAUCUCUUUUAGUAGAAGAACAAGGAGAAAGCAUCAAUAAUAUUGAAAUGAUGGUGAACAGUACAAAAGAAUAUGUUAGCAACACUAGAGAUAAAUUUGGACUAGCUGUAAAAUACAAAAAAAGAAAUCCUUGCAGGAUAUUUUGUUGUUGGUGCUGUCCAUGCUGUAACUCAAAAUAAAGGAACUAUUU